UUCCGUCUCUAGCCAGCCGGUGGUGUCACUCAACAACCGUGGAGACAAAUCACUUCAAAUAAUACCUCACACUACUGAAUAGGGAUUCCUUCAGAGAAAUCUGACAGAAAUUGUUCAGCUGUUUUGCUGAUGGUCAGCCAUGGAUGAAGAUGACAGCCAAGAGGAGCUGAUCAACCGCAGUACGUCCAACAGCAAAGGAAAAAGGCCUGCAUUGUGGGACAUCUCAGAUGACUCAGACAAUGUUGAAGAGGAGUCUGAGGAGGGAGAGUCUGACAGUGAUGAGGAGGAAGAAGAGGAGGAUCACCUAGAUGGAGAGGAGGAGGAGGAGGACGAGGAGGAGGACGAGGAAGAAGAAGAAGAAGAAGAAGGGAAUGAAGAGGAGGAUGAUGAGGAAGAGGAGGGAGAUGCUAAGGCUGAGGAUGGAACUUUUGGGGGAACUUCUGCUGACCUUGAAGGGAUGAGCUCGGAUGAGGACGCAGAGAAGUGUCCCAUCUGCCUUAAUUCAUUCAGCAGCCAACCUGUGGCAACACCAGAGAACUGCGAGCACUACUUCUGUCUCGACUGCAUCCUUGCAUGGGCCAAGAAUGCAAACUCGUGCCCUGUAGACCGUAUUGCCUUCAACAGCAUAUACCUACGGAAAUGUCAUGGAGGAAAAGUGAAGAAAAUGAUCACAGUUCAAAAGCCUGUGAAGGAAGGGCUUGAGGAAGUGGUAAAUUUUGACCUGGAACAGACCAACUGUGAGGUGUGUGGGGGGAGUGACCGCGAGGACCGCCUCUUGCUCUGUGAUGGCUGUGAUUCUGGGUAUCACAUGGAGUGUCUCACGCCACCUCUUAACUCUGUUCCUGUGGAGGAAUGGUUCUGCCCUGAGUGUGAAGCCAGCAACCGUCGCUCAAGGGUUUCAGUUGAAGAAGUCAGUGAUACAGAGAGCCUCCCUUCUACUGCCCGUCCUGCCACCAGUCGCUUCCAGUCCGGUGCUGCAGGUCCCACCAGAGCUAUCGCCCGAACUCAGCAGAGCGAGAGGGUUCGAGCCAAUGUCAACCGGCAUCGCAUCACACAGGCACGCUCAUCGCAGUUGGCGCCCACGUAUCUGGUUCAGUCCACUUGGCUGGAUGACACUAUUAAUACUGUGGUGGCUGGGCUCAACACAGCUGUGUAUAUACGGGACUUCACACCUCGUCCCCCAUCUAGCCGCAGGCGCAAGACCGCAAAACGCAGAAAGGUCAGAAGAAAGACGACAACUUCUGCUAAAGGUAAAAACGGCAAAGGAGCAAGUACAGGAGUGAAGAGGAGGAAACGGAGAGUGAGGAGGACUAAAUUCAGAAAGAAGCUGAUGUUGAAAAAGACAGCCACUCCUCGAGGCCGUAUUGCUAACAAUCUCAGAAUUGUGAAGAACAAGAAGAACUCUUCGCUUCCCACAGUAUAUCAGCCGUCAGAGAACACGCUAAGCAACAUGCGCGCUGACAUAGGUGCAGCAUCGCUCUCUAUAUAUGGAGAUCCAUUUGACCUGGAUCCAUUUCUGGAUCGUGAGCAAGAAGAGCAGCAGGCCCGCGUUACAUCGCUGUUGGAGGCCAAGAGACGAGGGAUCUCCCGCUCUGCUCUUCGCUCUCACCAGCCUGUAGCUCGACCAGUCACUGCAGGCCUUUCCAGGAGAGGUUUGGAUGUGCCCCAAUCAGGGGGUGUCGUGGAGGUGGCUCCUGUGCCCGACCUCCUGGGAAGCAUCCUAUCGGGACAAAGCGUCCUCUUGAUGGACAGCUCUGAUGUCGUUAUUAAUCGAGAUGGUUCCCUAAAAGCUACAAAGUCAUUGAUGCCGUCUGCGUUAAACGGUUGCAGCUCAGGAGAUGCCAGCACUCAGAUCAGCCCUGUGAUGUCUCCCAACCAAGGAGACAGUUCUCCGUCUCCCUACUUGAACAGAGACCUACCAGGACCCUCCAAUAGCCCCAUGAACAGACCUUUCUCCCAGAGCUCUUCUUGCUACAUGCCCUCCUCAGCCAGCCACAUCCAAUCAUCUUCCCAUUCUGAUUCACCCCGAGGUCAUCCAAGUUUGCGGCUACCGAGUCCGACCAGACCCACGCAGCCUCCUGGUCAGCAGAGGAGCAAUGGAGAAAGAGCCUGCAGCCCCUCCUCCUCCUCCUCCUCCAAGUUAAUGGCCUCUUCACAAUCCCAAACUAAAAAAACGGCCACAAAGCCCAUGUGGGUAGAUGUGUCAGUGCUUCCUAGGAUACCAAAAAUAAAAAGGGAGAGCAGUGAUAUCACAAAUGAUAGCACUAGUCAAGGUGGCAGCAGCGGCAGUAAUCAAAGCAGCAGUAGUGGUAGUAGGAGAAGUAGUAGUAAUUCUACCACCCGCAGUAAUAGUUACGGCCUGCCAGAAACGGGCAUGAACAGCCUUGCUGGGGACGAGGGAAGGCAGCAAAGUGUAGACCAGCACAAGGGCAGGGCUGACGGUCAGGCUCAGAGGCAGAGGCCUGAUGGAGCCGGCUCGUCCUCAGCCUUCUCCAACUCAUUCUCCUCUUCUUCCUCCUCCACUGGCUCUUCUACCAGCCACCCACGUUAUUCUUCAUCUUCCUCAUCUUCAUCAGCUGUGAGCUUCCGCAUUAACUCCAGUGGGAACUCCUGGCAGUCAAGGCGGCUGAGUGGCUCGUCAACCUCUGCUGCUGGAGUCAGUACGCAGGCAACCCGGAGAGAAAAGGAAGACGACGCGAAAAAAAAGAGACUGCUGCACAGGGAUAAACAGAUGCUCCUGACAUCACGUACACCGCUCAAUGAGGAACAAGGCAGUGAUAAUAUCUAUGAUCCCUUUGAUCCCACUCUGUCGGACUCAAGCAGCUCAGGCGAUGAAGCUCAGAGCACAAGUCUGCAUGGUAGCUUCCGACAUGCCACACGUGAGGGGACGGCUCCUAGUUUAGGAAACGAGGAGCAGCAGGAAGUGAUUACUGUAAAAACUGAAACACAGGAGAUUGAGGUUUCACAGGAAGAACUAAGGAGCACUCAGGAAACCACAUCGCAGGAAGUCAGAUUCUCAGAGGAAUAUGUCAAGGUAGAAAAAAAGACUGAGAAACAAACAGCAUUACUUGCUACUAAAGUUAAGAAAGAGCUAGGGUUAGAGGAUGCAGGGGAAACUGAAAGGUUUGGUCACAGCGUAAAAAGCAAAAAGACAGCAGACACCACACCAUCUGUUCAACACAGCCUGCAUCUUUUAAAGACUGAGAGAGAGUCUUUAGAAGAGAAGAGUGGACAGAGCGUUGGAACUCCACACAGUGCUCCUCCUGACUGUAAGAACGAUUCAUCAGCAUCUAGCUCUACUCCCACCAAGAAGAAACAAAAGCCAGAAACUAAAUCGGAUUCCAAAUCCUCUCACAAGUCAAGAGAUUUGGGCCAUAAAAAGAAGCCCAUCCCAGCUGCGAAAGAGAGACGCUCUAGUAGUCCAGAGACAGACAGAGGUAGGAGAGUAGACCAUCAUGCCUCAGGCCAGGGAGGCCGGCACAAAGAAAAGGAGACGGACAGAGAGACUUCCAGGCGGUCAAGAUCUAGAGAGCGGAUGAGGGCACCCUCAAACUCAGAAAGCUCUCAGUCCAAUUCCCCUGAUAGGACUCGCGGAAAGACACGGCGGUCCCGGUCCCGUUCCAAAGACAGGAGGCGAUCUAGGUCUGGUUCCAGCUCUGGCAGCAGAGAGCGUUCAAAGAGGAAGAAGCCCAUACCAAGGAGCCGGGAGAAAAAUGAUGGCAGAGAGAGAGACUGUGAUAGAAGACGGGUGUGGCAGAACAAGAGACACGGUCGGUCACGUUCCAGAUCCAGAUCGAAAGACAUUGUUCGUGCUCGGUCUGUCUCAAAAUCACGGUCGAAAUCGCGGUCCAGAUCCACAUCCAGGGAAAGGAGGAAAGACCACACGCGACUGCAACAGUCGUCUCUCUCCUCCAGAGACAAGGUGGAGUCACGGUCAAAAGACAAGCGGAGACGCAGGUCUAGAUCUAGCUCAAGAGAGAAAAGGAAAGAAGAAGGAUCAUCAUCCAAGAGUUCUCAGAAAACUUCAGGGUCCCGUGUCUCGUCCUCUAAAGACACAAAGCCGUUAACCGACAAGAAAAAAGAGAAGGAUAUAACUCGAAGCUCCCUCAAAGAGGAAACAGUCGCCACAGUGAAUAAACAGAAUGCUGCCCUCUGUACUGCCGCCUCUGAAGUUACAAAGAAAGGCAAAGACCUCAGGGCAGAUGGCCAGGCCACAACAGCGGAAAAGGUGAAAGAGAUGAAGGUUGAAAGAGAAAUUAAGAAAGAAAAACAACAAUCUCUUGAUAUGUUUGAAGAUUAUUCUUUUACUAAACCAAUUAAGAAAGAAGAAACUGACAUUCAUCCUUUAACGGUAGCCAAAAGCAUAGAUGAGGAGGGAAACGAAGAAGACCCCAUCAAGACUGAGACGUUUGAAAUCCCCAUCGUUAAAUCUGAGCCAAGUUCCCCAGAAUUAUGCCACUUUCCCCCUGCCCCGUCAUUUCCCACACUGACCGCACCUGUUACAGCCGACAGUCCCCAGGACACAGUCUCUCCGUCUCACCCAGAGAUAAUGGCCUCCAGAGAACAACCAGAAACUGUCCCUGUAAGGCAGGAAGUUCAGCAACCCUCAGACUCUGAUGAUGACUUCAAUGUUGACGUGAUGCUAGACAACCUGGACUAUGUGAAGACUGAGCGCACAGAGGAAAGCGGUGCAUCCGUCAAACAAGAGAAGGAAGUAGAGGAGGGGAAGACUGAACAGGUGUCGACUGUAGUGGGAGCCAAAUCCAAAACUCAAGUGAAGAGGGUGACCUGGAAUAUACAGGAGCCUGAGGGACCUCAACCAGAAAAGAAAUCUGCAAGCAAGCUGUCUUUGUAUAAAUUGAAGCUGAAGCAGGAAGGAGCUCGCAGACCCUCGUCAGCAGUCCAGACAUCCAGUAAGGACAUCACUGGAGCCUUCAGUCAGCCCUCCAAGAGGGGUGCUGUUGGUCCGCUCAGUUCCUCCUCUAGAUCUGAUGUGCAAGGAGAGGAAGGGGAUUUGUUAAGGAAAGACCAGUAUUUGAAGAAGCUGCACAUGCAGGAGAGAGCUAUAGAGGAGGUAAAGCUCGCCAUCAAGCCUUUCUACCAGAAUAGAGACAUCGACAAGGAUGAAUACAAAGACAUUGUACGCAAAGCCGUCCAGAAGGUGUGCCACAGCAAGAGUGGGGAGAUCAACCCAGUGAAGGUGGGAAAUCUGGUCAAGGCAUACGUGGACAAAUACAAACACGCUAGGAAACACGGCAAAGGAGAGGACUUAGGGCAGACACAGGAGAGUGAGGACAUGAGCAUCUCUGAUAGCCCAUGAGGAGGCGUACAUUAAAGGCAAGGACAGCCACACCCACUGAAAACACUUAUUCAUAUGUUUAACUUUGUGUCCUACCACUGGCCGUCAUCUCAAGCUCUCAAACUCAAUCUAAACAGUUCGCUAAGAUCUGCUCACGGCUUCAAGAUGAAACAUUUUCUACACCACGAGUUUUCUCUCUUAUUUGACUUUUGAGGAUCAAUGUUUCUUCUUUGUUGUUGUUGAUCACUUCAACUGCACCUACUGAAGUCUUGUGCUUGGACUGCCACUGCCAAGAACUGGUCUCGUUGGGUAGUACUGCUCAGAAACUUAACGGGAGACCUGGAGGUUGUGCCUUAAAGAGGCAAAUCUCAAAACCCCUCCCAUGGAGUGAUACAUCAGGGAGCUUUCUCCACUGGGAGGACGCAGCUUGGGCUUUGACUUUCACACGGCUGUUUUGUUUUGUGGGAGUGAAGGGGUGUUUAUCAGUAGGCAAAACGUUUUGUUGGUUAAAAAGUGGUAUACAAGUAUGCAAAAUAUGCAUAUUUAAGACAUUUGUAACAUUAAGGAACAACACUGUUAUGCAAUUUUUGUAGAAAAUGUAUCCGUAGAGAUAUUCAACAAUUUUAGAUUUGGUUGUAAAUAUUAUAGAUUUGAUAUAUCCACUUAUAUCUUCCUUUCAUCUGUGUCGCCUGUUGCGAAUGACUGACAUAAAUGGUUCUAGUUAUUAGAGUUGACUGGUUUGUGUUUUGUAUUUUAAAGCCUCUGUUAUCGGUCUUCGACAUCUCUUAUAUCCUCCAUGUCUAAUGUCUAGAUGUAGUCCAGCGUACUACAGGGGAAUCCUGGCUCAGCAGUUCCAGAUGAAUAAUGGAGUCGCUCCUCUCAAAUAGCAGCCUCUUCUUUUUUUAGGCAUACUUGUUUUAUUAUGCUCUGAACAAACCUUAGGAUCUCAGUAUUAUCCGUUUUGCAACCCGUGGCUGAAAUGUAGAAAAGCAGCUUUUAGAGAACUGGGGAAUAUUUUGUUUUUGUGCCAAAACAGUAAAAGAUUUAAAUGCAUCAUUUCACUCAAUAAAAAAGAUCAAAUUUGUUUUUGGGCAUUGUAUUUUUAAACAAUGGAGACUCCCGCGCCACACUGCAGUAUAUAGAUCAAAUAGAGUUUAGUUAUGGGGUUAUAAUACAGACUUAAUGUCUCAAGAUGUCUAUAGUUUAUCACUGUCUUACCUGCUGCUGUCAUGUACACAAACAUUUCAGCUACAGUUAAAAUGUUUCUUCUUGUGUGUGCUUUGUAUUAAUAAGUAUGAAGCUAAUUGUAUUGGCAUAAUAUCAUGGUUUUGUGAGAUUAAUUUAUAGGCCAUAUAUAAUAAAAACAAUGCAACAGCAUAAGUCACAACAUUUUCCAAGCUAGGUAUGUUGGAAGUAAACGGCUUUAGUUGGGAACACUACAAUAAUCCUCUCAGUGUUCGCCUGACAGUCAAUGUGUCUUAACCCGAAACCUCACUCUCCGUGAUAUCCUCGACUACUCUGCGGUGCUUUCUUUUACACAAAUGUUCAUGGGAAAGUAAUUCUGCGUGUCCAUAACUCUGUUGUCCAUAGUAGUUUGUUUGAUAACUGUAAAGGUGGAUUAUGUGAGUGUUUGGACUCCUUUGUUAUUGGGCUUUAUAGAGCCGAGGACUCUGAGUGGAAGAAUCUACGAAGGUGCUCAUGUUUAUCUGAAUGUAUUUUACUUUUGUUCUGCAUUUACUUGACAGGCCAGGUGUGUUUUAAAAAGGGAACACAAAUGAUAAUAAAUCACUGAUGAUAAAUAGG